AUGAUGAACGCCAAGAAGAUUAAGCUGCACGACUACCACCGCUACGGAUCGCCGCUGUGUGACCCGCAGCUAUUUCCGGCCACCGCCGCCGCCGGGGGGCUCUCCUUCCACCCGGGUCCGGGGCUCGUGGGCUCCCUUCCGCAGCCUCAUGCCGGCGGCUGGGUGCACGAGGAGCACACCACGACGACCCCGAGGUCGGUGCUCGCGACGCAGGGGCAGGGCGGCCGCUGCGUCGGCUCCGACGCCGCCGCGUUUUUCGCCGCCGAGGAGCUGAUGAUGGGCAUGGCGCGCUUCGACUGCCCUCUCGGCGGGACAACGACGCUCCCGGAGCUGACAGCGUUUGCCAAGAGACCGCAGUUUGCCCGGCCGACGACGGAGGCCGAGCAGCUGUACCACCGUCGUCCAGUCGACCAGCUGCCGCUCCGCGACAGCUCUGCGGUGAGGACGUACUACGUCCGGCCGCAGCAGCGCGACGGCGCCACGGAGGCGCCUCCGUCGCUCGAGCUGCUAUUCCAGCGGCGGCAGCAGCAACAGCAGCAAGAACGAGUGCAUGGGCUGUUCGGCAACGCUUCCACCGGCAGGCUGCUCGGCGGCACCGGCGGCGAACCCAAAGCCCACUCCUUUCCAGCUCAUGUUGCAGCGAGCACGCUUCUCCCGGCGAUGGAGGCGCCGGCGGGCAUGCAGCAGAGCCCGAUGGAGAACCCGCUGUCCAGGAGCUGCAGCAUCGGUGCGCCGGCAACCCACGUCGGGAGCGUGAACGUCGCCGCCGCGCCGGGGCAAGGCGCGCCGAGCAAGACGCGGAUCCGGUGGACGCAGGACCUCCACGAGCGCUUCGUCGAUUGCGUGAACCAGCUCGGCGGCGCGGACAAGCCGACUCCCAAGGGGAUUCUGAAGCUGAUGAACUCUGAUGGCCUCACAAUCUACCACAUCAAGAGCCACCUUCAGAAAUGCCGCAUAGCCAAGUACAUGCCAGCAUCAUCGACGUCUGAAGGGAAACAGGAGAAAAGAGCCGCCGGAAAUGACGUGCAGAAUCUCGACCCCAGCACUGGGAUGAAGAUCACUGAAGCACUACGCGUCCAGCUCGACGUGCAGAGGCGCCUCCACGAGCAGCUCGAGAUCCAGAGAAACCUGCAGCUGAGGAUCGAGGAGCAGGGCAAGAAGCUGCAGAAGAUGUUCGAGGAGCAGAUGAAGGCGAGCAGGACCGUGAUGGAGCCGCCGCAGGGCACCGCCACCGCCUUCCUCGGCGUCGGCGAGCGGGAGGAGGAGGAGGAGGACGCGUUCGACAACGUGCAGGUGCAGCUGCUGGCGGCCGUGGCCAGCAGCGACGCCGGGUUCCAGUCGAAGAUAAGCUAG